AUGGUUGUCCUGACUCCAAUGACUUUGGGAAUUUAUCUCCAACUCUUUUUCCGCUCCAUCGUGUCUCAGCCGGCUUCCAUCAGCAGUGUCCGACCAGUCUCAGCAGCCCUGCCUGGCCUGGAUCAGAAGAAAAGGGGCAGCCACAAAGCAUGCUGCCUCCUGACCCCUCCGCCGCCCCCACUGUUCCCACCACCCUUCUUCAGAGGCAGCAGGAGCCUGCUUCUCUCUCCAGACAUGGAGAAUCUUCUGGAACUUGAGGCCUCACCAUCACCCUGCAUUCAAGACUCACUCGGUUCUCCUGGGCCCCCUGGUCCCCAGGGUCCGCCUGGGCUUCCUGGGAAGACAGGACCAAAGGGAGAGAAGGGGGAUCUUGGCCGCCCAGGAAGGAAGGGUAGACCCGGACCCCCAGGUGUUCCUGGAAUGCCCGGGCCUGUUGGCUGGCCAGGCCCUGAAGGACCCAGGGGUGAAAAAGGUGACCCGGGUAUGAUGGGCUUGCCGGGGUCAAGAGGACCAAUGGGCUCCAAGGGCUUCCCUGGAUCCAGAGGGGAAAAGGGAUCCAAAGGAGAAAGGGGUGACUUGGGUCCCAAAGGAGAAAAGGGUUUCCCUGGUUUUCCUGGAAUGCUGGGGCAGAAAGGUGAAAUGGGUCCAAAGGGAGAGCCUGGGCUAGCAGGACACCGAGGCCCCACCGGGAGACCAGGAAAACGAGGCAAGCAGGGUCAGAAGGGAGACAGUGGAAUCAUAGGCCCACCAGGCAAGCCUGGGCCUCCAGGUCAACCUGGUCGUCAAGGUCCUCCAGGGCCUCCAGGUGCCCCAUCUGCAGGACAACUUGUGAUGGGACUCAAAGGAGAAAGAGGAUAUCCGGGGCCUCCAGGAAGAUGUCUUUGUGGACCCCCAGUGAAUGGGAAUAACCCUUCCCAUGGGCCUGGCUCCCCCAGAGUUCCUGCAAUUUUUGUGGUCAACAACCAGGAGGAGCUUGAGAAACUGAACACUCAGAAUGCCAUUGCCUUCCGCAGAGACCAGCGAUCAUUGUACUUCAAAGACAGCCUUGGCUGGCUCCCUAUCCAGCUGACCCCUUUCUAUCCUGUGGGUUACACCAUAAACCAACAUGGCACCUGUGGGGAUGGCGUCCUGCAGCCUGGGGAGGAGUGUGAUGAUGGUAAUCAUGACGUGGGAGACGACUGCAUUGACUGUCACCGGGCCUACUGUGGAGAUGGUUACCGGCACCAGGGCGUGGAAGACUGUGACGGCUCUGACUUUGGCUACCUGACAUGCGAGACCUAUCUCCCUGGGUCAUAUGGAGACCUUCGGUGCACCCAGUACUGCUACAUCGACUCCACACCCUGUCGUUACUUCACGUGAGGGGCUCAAGGAACAGGUGGGCUGCAGCCCAUGGGACUGGUGGCUGUAUCUCUGCCUCGCACAUCAAGCUGGCCUUACCCUCUCCUUGGCCAGUGUCUACCGACCUUCAUUUGACGAAACAAGAAUACACUCUUGCUGCUAAGAUGUGUUUUUGACUCAGUUUGACCGGAAGAAUUUUGGACCACUGCAUCCUGUCUUAAUUAAAAGAACCAGAAAUCUUCUACAUGUCCGCCCUGGAACUCCCCUCCCUCAUCUGGCUAAGCAGCUGGCUGUAAUGCCUUAUCUCUUCUGGAAAGAUGCCGUCUCAGGCCAUGGACUUGGCUUAACACUGUUAUCCAUACAGGAACCGGCAGGGCUCAUGUGUUUUCUUCUGCUCUCACCUGGAGGUGGGAGUGCUGGCACACUGGCUUCUGCACCCUUCAGAUCUCCAACACAGCCGUUCUUACCCAAGGCAGCCAACUGUUAGGUUUCUCAAGAUUUAAGAACCACAAAACAGGAAGUGAGCAUAUUCUCUUGGUGCAGCUCCCAGCUUCAUACCAACCGAGGGACCCUUCAACUGGCCAGAGCCUCAGCUUUGUGUGGAGUUGGAAGUACUAAGAAAGCCAUAACCAGGUCGGAACAGAAACCUUCCUCCUCUUGAAGUUCUGAGGACAGUGGUGACAGUAUCACAUCCCAGGUGCCAUCUUGGCCUCUGCCUUGACGGUGUCCUUC